AGCCGCCGAGCAGCGAUGGAUCUGGAGGAGACCAAAUCCUUCACGGACCGCUGUUCGCAGUGUGCUGCUGUCUCCUGGGGCCUAACCGGAGGCAAAUACUACUGCACUUCCUGCCACAAUGUCACAGACAGAUCUGAGGAAGUUGUGAGCACUGCGGUUAUUCCUAAUACCAAGAUCAACUCCAUCCGCAGGGGGCUGAGAACGAGAAGCAAGCACGAGAAAGGCUGGGAUUGGUAUGUGUGUGAAGGUUUCCAGUGCAUACUUUACCACCAGGCAGAAGCCCUGAAGACCCUUGGAGUAGGCCUAGAGCUAAAGAACGAGGUUCUACACAGGUUUUGGAAACGCUACCUUCAGAAGAGCAGGCAGGCCUAUUGUGAAAACCCAGUUCGCACAAGAGGAAAGAAAGCCAAGGUAUUGGAAGACAGUCUACAGUGUUCAGACUGGGCCAGUGAGCUUGAGAUACCAAGUGACACCACCUGUCCCCUUGAAAGUGGAGCAGAGUUCCAGUCCGACUCCGAAAUUCCAAAGCCUUUCCCUGUCACCAAAGCAUCACCAAAGUCAGAAGCCGCAGAUGUCUGUUCCGGAUCUGUGGAUGGAGUGGAAUACUCGGACUGGAAGGAGAAGGGUGUCCUGAAGAUGACUGUGCCCAGGACCCUUGCUCUCUGCUACCUGUCCUUGCUCUGGCAGAGAGAAACAAUGACUCUUUCAGACCUCUUGAGGUUUGUGGAAGAGGACCGCAUCCCGUACAUAAAUGCUUUCCAGGUGUUCCCAGAAGAGAUGAGAGUGUAUGGUCGAGACAAAGGCAUCUUUGCUGUAGAGUCUUGGCCGGACUAUGGAGACAUCUAUAACAAUAUGAUUGAAGUCGCCAUAUUUUUGGAUUUGCCUCGUUUUCCAGAUAUAACUGAAGACUGCUACCUUCAUCCCAACGUCUUGUGCAUGAAGUACUUACUGGAGCUCAAUCUCCCUGACGAAAUGCACAGCUUAACCUGCCAAGUGGUGAAGAUGACUGGAAUCGGAGAAGUGGAUUUUCUGACCUUUGAUCCUAUCGCCAAAAAGAAAAGGACAGUUAGAUACGAUGUGCAGGCUGUGGCUGUCAUCGUGGUCGCGUUGAAACUGCUCUUUUUGCUGGAUGACAAGUUAGAGUGGUCUUACUCUGGUCUUGCUGAGGCGUAUAAUGAAAAACACAGAGAAGACAAGCCGCAGUUUGAGUUCAGAAAAUGGUACCAGGUUAUGAAGAAAACUUUUGAUGAGAAAAGACGAAAAUGGGAGGAAGCGAGGGCCAAAUAUUCUUGGAAAACCGAAAGACCAGUCUACCGGUCGCACAUCGACAAGUCAGUCGCCUAUAAGAGAAGAGAAAUGGUGAAGAAUCUUCAAAAGCAAUUUAGUGCCCUGGUUGGUUCCAUGCCUGUGGUGGAAAAGAGCCCUUCGAGUUUUCAGUUCAACUGGACCGAAGAGGACACUGAUCACCCUUGUUUCCAUGGCCAUAGCCUCCAGGGACUCCUGAUAAAGAAAGGCCAGUCCUUGAUAACCAAGAACUCACUGUAUUGGCUCAGUACCCAGAGAUUCUGCAAAAGCUACUGCAAACAUGUGACAACCUAUGAAGAAUCAAAUUUUUCUCUGAGUUACCAGUUUAUACUAAGCAUCUUCUCGUUCUUACUAAGAGUAAAGACUUCUGUUCUCCAUGAAGAAGUGAGCUUAAUUGAAAAGAAACUUUUUGAAAAAAAAUACAAUGAAUUAAAAAAGAGAUCAAGACCCAAGAAAGUAAGAAGACACUGAGAACCAUAGAGGCGCUUGCUUGGAAGGGCACGCCAUAGGAUAGCGUCGGAUCUUAGUGCCACUUUCCAGGGGGUUGUGGGAAAUACACUAUUGUACACACAUACAUGUUCACAUGUGUCUCUAUAUGCAUUGUAAAAUAGGUGAACUUUGAAUUAUUUUCAUAAAAGCUUUUUUCAGAAAAUUAAAACAUUGUGUAAAUGA